GUUGGUGCAUCAACGCAGCAUACAGCAGCAGGCUGGCUUUUGAGAUCUAUUGUUCCUUGUGUUAUUGGGUGCCAAACAUGAUUCUCCCUCCUUGAGGAGCCAGGAGCCAAAAAGACCCAGAGAAGAGCAAGUGGAGUCCUCUGUCCGGCAUCUAUCAGGAUUAGCUCUCUGUGGAUAAACUGGGGUGAACAAAAGCAAAGCGCAAGAAGGCACACGCACUUGAGUUCAUCUUCACCUCGUGUCUCGGCUUUCUUAUUUUUAAUUCUCUUGACGGCAUUGGGAACUACGGUGUCUCCCGCGCAGCGGCAGCGGCCAUGGGGCUGGCCAGCGGAGCCGUUGGGAAGCUCGGGGUGCUGAGAAGGGUACCCUUGCUGUGGAGGUUAGCGCUGCUCUUUCUCUCCAUCUGGGAAGUGGAUGCACAAGCAGCAGUGGGAAUGAAACCCACGUACGUUUGGCAAACAGGUCCGUGGGGUCGAUGCAUGGGCAGUGAGUGCGGCCCGGGAGGUAGCCAGAGCAGAGCGGUAUGGUGCGCCCACUCCGAAGGUUGGACCACCCUACAAACGAACUGCGACCAGGCAGAACGGCCCAACAACCAACAAAGCUGCUUUCGAGUGUGUGACUGGCACAAAGACCAAUAUGACUGGCAGCUAGGAGCAUGGAACCAAUGCGUCCCUGUGUCAAUGCGCAGUACGGGGGUGCAACGCCCCACUGUGUGCACCCGGGGCGAGGAGGGGAUACAGACCCGUGAGGUGGGCUGUGUCCAGAAAGUGAAUGGUGAGCCAGCAGAGGAUGCAAUCUGUGAAUACUUUGAACCCAAACCCCGUCUCGAGCAGGCCUGUCUCAUCCCCUGUCCUCGGGAUUGUGUGUUGUCGGAGUUCAGUCCAUGGACACAGUGUUCGAAGACUUGUGGGAUGGGCUUGCAGAACAGAAUUCGCAUUGUCCUUGCUCCACCGUUAUUUGACGGGGCAGCCUGUUUAAACUUGACAGAGUUUCAGACAUGCCAACCAGGACCGUGCGAGGGAGAGGAGAGCCUGUACAGUCUUCGGGUCGGAUCUUGGGGUCCCUGCUCUGUGCCAAUCUCAAGACAAGCCAGACAAGCCAAUGAGGGAGACACGACAUCCAAAGGAAAUGAGAAACCGCCCAAAAAGGAGGGGAAAAAGCAGUCCAGAAGAAUGAACAAACAGAGCCAAGAGGGCGGCAAACAGCCCAAUGAGGAGGACACGAGGUCCAUCCAGAGUGACGAACUUUCCAAAGAGGGAGACAAACAACACAAGUCCAGCAGGAAAUUAGGCAAGGCAAACAGAAAACACGACAGACCAUCCCAUCAGGCAGACCGGCCCAAACGGCAGAGAAAGGCUAAAAACAAAGACAAACGAGAGAAAGUCAGAGAGAAAGUCCGAGAGAGGUUGAGAGAAAGGGCAAGGGUCAAGGAUCCCGAGACCCGAGAGCUCAUCAAAAAGAAACGCAACAGGAACCGGAAGAACCGCCCUGGAGGAAAAUUCUGGGAUUUGCAAAUUGGCUACCAGACAAGAGAAGUCACCUGUGUGCACAAGAGUGGCAGUGUUGAAGCUCUAAGCCUGUGCUCUCAUGAGUCGCUGCCAGUGACCUACCAAGCGUGUGUUGUAACGAAAGACUGCGAUGUGACCGACUGGUCUGAAUGGUCGGCUUGCUCUAAGGAGUGCUAUGACCCCAACGGGCCCAAGGGUGAGCAGACCCGCACGCGAAAAGUGAGUCAGUUCCCCGUUGGAGGAGGGGCUGAGUGUCCGGAACUGGAGGAGAACCAGGCAUGCAGUCCUGAAGGAGAAACCGUGCCACCCUGUAUUGUUUACAACUGGAAGACCACCGAGUGGACGGAAUGCAGGGUGGACAUGUUGCUGAGCCAACAGGACCGUCGCAGAGGAAACCAGACUGGCUUGUGUGGAGGUGGCAUUCAGUCCCGGGAGGUUUACUGCGUCCUGGCCGGUGAAGAGACGCCAUCCGAUCUCAGUUCUCUCAAGAGCAAAGAAGCACUACGGCCAGUGAGCAGUGAUCUGUGUGUUGGGAUUCCUCCCAACACCACCCAGCUCUGCCAUAUAAACUGUCCGGUCGAGUGUGAGGUAUCAUCCUGGAGUGCCUGGGGACCCUGCACCUUUGAAAAUUGCCAGGAUCAAACAGCAAAGAAAGGGUUCAAAAUGAGGAAACGGAAGAUCAUCAACGAUCCAACGGGUGGGACAGGAAAUUGCCCACACUUGGUGGAAGCAAUACCAUGCGAAGACCCCAGAUGCUAUGACUGGCUCGUGGUUAAGCUGGAAGAGUGCAUCCCUGAUAACGAGAGGGAAUGUGGACCAGGAACAAGAAAUCCUCAAGUUCAGUGUGUCAACAGUGAUGGUGAAUAUGUGGAGAGGCAACUCUGCCGUGACGCCAUCCUGCCUAUGCCAAUAAUCUGUGAAGUGCCUUGCCCAAAGGACUGUGCCCUCAGUACUUGGACCCAAUGGUCCCUCUGCUCCCACACCUGCUCUGGAAAAAAUACAGAAGGCAAGCAGACCAGAGCUCGGUCCAUUUUGGCCUACAAUGCAGGAGAGGGUGGAAUCCCAUGUCCCAAUAUUAGCGCCCUCCAGGAGGUGAGGGGCUGCAACGACCACCCUUGCACAGUGUACCAUUGGCAGACAGGCCCAUGGGGACAGUGCAUAGAGGACUCCUCCAUCCCGGUCACCAACACGUCUAUGGGCCACGCACGCGGAGAUGAUUCCUCAUGCUCAGUCGGAAUGCAGACUCGUAAAGUCAUCUGUGUCCGGGUCAAUGUGGGCCAGGUUCCUCCGAAAAAGUGUCCAGAGAGCUUGCGUCCAGAUACGGUCAGGCCCUGCUUAUUACCUUGUAAAAGAGACUGUUUGGUCACCCCAUACAGUGACUGGAGCCCGUACCCAUCAACAUGUCAGAAAGGUGGUAAAACCAAGAAGAAGCAAUACCGAAAACGCAUCAUCAUCCAGUUACCAGCCAACGGAGGGCAAGAGUGUCCAGAAGUGCUGACCCAAGAGAGAGAAAGUGAUGCUCCUUCUGUGUGUCCAAGAUACAGAUGGAAAACACAUAAAUGGCGAAGAUGCCAAAUGGUUCCAUGGUCAGUUCGUCAGGACAGCCCUGGAGCUCAGGAAACCUGUGGAGCAGGCCUACAGGUUCGAGCUGUCUCGUGUCGGAGGCAGGAUGGUGGACAGGCUGAUGUUGAAGCUUGUCUGAAGUUCUCCAGUUCCAUGCCGCCUCUCACGCAGCUCUGCCAGCUGCCCUGCCAAGAGGACUGCCAACUGAGCAGCUGGUCCAAAUUUUUGCCUUGUACAGCUGAUUGCGUGGGUGUGAGGGUUCGCAAACGGACGCUCGUGGGUAAAAGCAAGAAGCGAGACCAGUGUAAGAACCACCAGUUGUAUCCACUGAGUGAGACUCAGUACUGCCCGUGCAACAAAUACAAUGCCCAGCCUGUGGGCAACUGGUCCGACUGUAUACUUUCCGAGACCAGCCGCAUGGAAGGUCAACUGGGCAUGAAGGUCCAGGGCGACAUCAAGGAAUGUGGUCAGGGGUAUCGAUACCAAUCUAUGGUUUGCUAUGACCAGGACAACCGCAUCGUAGAGACUUCACGCUGCAACAGUCAUGGGUACAUUGAGGAGGCUUGCAUCAUUCCUUGUCCGUCUGACUGUAAACUCAGUGAAUGGUCCAACUGGUCCCGAUGUAGCAAGUCGUGCGGCAGUGGUGUCAAAGUUCGCUCAAAAUGGCUCCGAGAAAAACCGUACAACGGUGGAAGGCCUUGCCCCAAACUUGACCACGUCAACCAGGCACAAGUAUAUGAAGUGGUGCCUUGUCUCAGUGACUGUGGGCAAUAUAUUUGGGUGGUAGAACCAUGGAGUGUCUGGAAAGUUAGCAGCGUGGACCCGAAGAACAACUGUGGCGAAGGUGUUCAAACCAGAAAAGUCAGGUGUAUGCUGAACACGAUAGACGGCCCCUCGGAGCAGGUGGAGGACUACCUGUGUGACCCGGAGGAUAUGCCUCUGGGGGCUCGCAACAGCCGGCUGCCCUGUCCAGAAGACUGUGUGUUAUCAGACUGGGGAGCCUGGAGUCCAUGUCCACUGCCAUGUAAUGGAAACAGUACACGAGAGAGGAAGGCUUCACCCAUCAGGCAGCCCGGAGAGGGGAAGGAGUGUCCUCCAACCACUGAAGCGGAGCUUUGCAAACUCAACAACAAUUGCUUCCACCAUUCCUACAACAUCACCGAUUGGAGUACUUGUCAACUGAGUGAUCGAGCGGUCUGCGGAAAUGGUAUCAAAACCCGCAUGCUGGACUGUGUGCGGAGCGACGGCAAAUCUGUUGACCUGAGAUUCUGUAAAGAGCUUGGCCUUGAGAGGAAGUGGCUGAUGAAUGCUUCCUGCGUUGUGGAAUGCCCUGUCAACUGCCAGCUGUCGGAGUGGUCGGCAUGGUCCGACUGUUCACAUAAAUGCGGACUCCAAGGAAAGCUGUGGAGAACACGGGCAGUCACCCAGGCUCCCCAGGGUGAUGGGAGGCCAUGCCCAACACAGAUGCAGCAGUGGAAGCCAUGCCUUGUGAAGCCCUGCUACAGCUGGAGAUACAGUUCGUGGUCUGAAUGCAAGUCUGAGGGCGCAAGAUGUGGUGAAGGCUUACGGUUCCGGAACAUUUCAUGCUUCGUGUCAGAUGGAUCUGAUCUACAGGGAAGUCUGGUGGACGAGGAACUGUGUGGUGAACAAGAACCUGUGGUGGACGGAGAUACGGAGAUCUUACUACAGGAGUCCUGCACGGUACCAUGUCCAGGGGAAUGCUACCUGACGGACUGGACAAUUUGGAGUCUGUGCCAGCUAAGCUGUGUUAGUGGAGAUGAUCUGGGUUUUGGCUCAGUGCAAGUCCGCUCUCGAGCCGUUGUGGCCCAAGACCCUGAGAAUCUGCUUCAGUGUCCAGAACAGGAGUUGGAGGCCCGGCCAUGUACAGAGGGGCAGUGUUUUGAAUACACCUGGCGAACUGGACCAUGGCGAAGCUCAUCGCGGCAUGUCUGGUGCCAGCGUUCAGAUGGACUAAAUGUCACAGGCGGCUGCCCAACAACAGCGAAACCAAUGGCUGACCGAUCCUGUGACCCACCAUGCACCAAGCCACGUUCCUUUUGUACAGAGUCGGGUGUUUGUGGAUGUGAGGAGGGCUACACAGAAGUGAUGACAUCUGACGGCCUACUAGACCAGUGCACUGUUAUCCCGGUGCUGGAGAUCCCCACUGCCGGUGACAACAAGGCAGAUGUCAAGACCAUCCGAGCCUUCAACCCCACCCAGCCAGCGGUCAGCCCCCCUGGCAGGGUGGGACGCACUUGGUUUCUGCAGCCAUUUGGUCCAGAUGGAAAGCUGAAGACGUGGGUGUACGGAGUAGGAGCCGGAGCGUUUGUUCUUCUCGUCUUUAUAAUUUCAAUGACUUACUUAGCAUGCAAGAAGCCAAAGAAACCACAGCGACGACAGAUGAACAACAGACUGAAGCCGCUGACGUUGGCCUAUGACGGAGACGCCGACAUGUAGGGAAGGAGUCUUUACGUUGACCGUGCUGAGCUACAGGACAUCCCCCCCCCCGACCCCCUCCCCUUCCCGCAUGGAAAGCUUUGAAAGAAACCCCUCCCAAAAUAUCGCAAAUCUUAAAAUCCAAGCUCACGAGCAGCUUUUUCUCUUCCUCCAUGGUGUUUUUGUUUUUAUGUUUCACAAAAGCCUUUUAUGACUUGAUUUCACUUCCUACGUCGGGAAGUUUGCCUUUCUCUGCUGUAUUUUCAUUUCAAGUUGCCCGCAGACAACUUUUUUUUUUUCUGGUGAGCACAAAUUUUUGGUUGUACUUUGGUUCAUUUUGUAACAGCUGAGGGGACUCUGGAUGUUUUGUUUUUUUUUAAUUUAUUUUCCGGGCAUCAUUUUUGCACUAUAUUAGUGCAGCAAGUUCUACUCAUCUCUCUCAAUACAAGCUGGUGUGUGUGUUUUUUUUU